CUCCGUUGUCCAGUACGGUCGCUAUGGGUCGGAAUCGACUCCACGGCACAGAAACAGUGCUCCUUUGCUUGUGCGAAGUGUUUACAAUUCGCUAUUGAGCUUUCACUUGUUUUCCGGCGACUUUGGGAACCUCUGUACUCGUCCAGGCUUCCAUCACACCGCACAUGAGAUGUUGCUGUUGGAACAAGUUAACCUAAAACAUGGAUAUCAGACCAAAUCAUACAAUUUAUAUCAACAAUAUGAAUGACAAAAUUAAAAAAGAAGAAUUGAAGCGAUCCUUAUACGCCCUGUUUUCUCAGUUUGGCCACGUGGUAGAUAUUGUGGCUUUAAAGACUAUGAAGAUGAGGGGACAGGCCUUUGUUAUAUUUAAAGAACUGGGCUCAUCCACAAAUGCCUUGAGACAGUUACAAGGAUUUCCAUUUUAUGGCAAACCAAUGCGAAUCCAGUAUGCAAAAACAGAUUCUGAUAUAAUAUCUAAAAUGCGUGGCACUUUUGCUGACAAGGAAAAGAAAAAAGAAAAGAAAAAAGCCAAAACUGUGGAACAGACUGCAGCAACCACAAACAAAAAGCCUGGUCAGGGAACACCAAAUUCAGCUAACACUCAAGGAAAUUCAACACCAAGUCCUCAGGUCCCUGAUUACCCUCCAAACUAUAUUUUAUUCCUUAAUAACUUACCAGAAGAGACUAAUGAGAUGAUGUUAUCCAUGCUGUUUAAUCAGUUCCCUGGUUUUAAGGAAGUGCGCUUGGUGCCUGGGAGGCAUGACAUAGCUUUUGUUGAGUUUGAAAAUGACGGGCAGGCUGGAGCUGCCAGGGAUGCUUUACAAGGAUUUAAGAUCACGCCAUCUCAUGCCAUGAAGAUCACCUAUGCCAAGAAGUAACAUUUGGAAUAGUCUUCUUUAAAGGACUUGGCUUUAUUUAUUAUGCUUGUUUUGAUAACUUUUGGUCAGGCCAUUUUAUGAUUGGGAGCAGAGGGGAUAGUAAAACUUUUGUGGAGGACUUAAAUAAUUACCUAGUCUUUCAUUAGCCUUAGUGAGCUGUGAAAUAUGAAGGCCUUAAUUUUGUACAAUAAACUUUUAUUUGUAUUCUAUGUA